CAUCCAUAAGCGCUGGGUUUCUCAAAGGGUGUUGUUGGCUGGCUCGCCUGAAGCCAAAGACAGAGCUCGGGUCUUCUUCGAGGUUAAAGAUCCGUGCCGUUCCAUGCCAAGCCAUGCCAUGGGGACGGACUGCAUGUAAGUCCCUUUACCAUAUGAAAUGGACUUUCUUAGUAUCUCCCAACUUCAACCUCCUUGACUCUCUCUCUCUCUUUCUCUCUCUUAACAAGUCACACACACACACACACACACACCAUGUCAGGUCUUCUUCCCUAACUAUUCUCCCAAUCUCAAUCCUCCUCCUCUAUACUAAACCCUCCUCCAUUAUCUAAUAUAUUCAUAUCUAUUAAUCCUAAUUUAAUAUUUUCUUUUUUUUUUUUUGCCCCUAGAUGAAAAACCUAAAAUAAUAGAUCAUUUUUUUAGGGAUUUUAUUUGGUGAUUAUUUAUCGGUCAUUUAGUUCUAAUUGUUAAGUUAAAUAAAAAGGGGCAGAUUGGGACCUUAGCUACUUGGAAUUACAUGGUGGCUUCACCUGAAUGAAGGGAGGGAUGGAUGUUGUGGAUAAUUAUUGUGCUUGCCUUAAUAAAGGAAUUCUGGCUUUCAAUGCUUGACAUAUAUCUAGAUGAUGGCUAUUUCUGAAUCUUAAUUAUAUGGCAAAACAAAUACAACAUUGAAGCGACUCUCACAUGCCGUAUGUCGAUCAGUUACCAAAAUUAGGAUUUUUUUUUUUUUUCCCUGAUCUGAAAGUGAAUUUUAAUUGAGUUAACUCAGCCGCCGGAGAUAGGAUUUUGCCUGGGUAAUCAACGUGGUGAUGUUAGUGCAUGAAUAAAUAUGUUUGGGAUCUUUUAUGUGACCUCUGAUUUUGGUUGAACAUGAACCAUUUGGAUUUGGAGUAGUUAAUCAUCCCCUACUGAAAAAACAUGGCUGACAAUUUUUAAUUUUUAAUUUUUUUAAAGUCAAUUGCAAUAAAAGAAAGACAUGAGAAGCAAAAGAAAUUAUACACACACACACACACACAUAUAUAUAUAUAUAUGAGUUGAUAGAUAUGUCUUCAAUUCUUAGAUCAUACCAUUGUUUCUCUUUCAAAUGGCUGUUCAGGUUUUGUUUUUUUUGCCCCCUCUUUACUAUUCUUAAUUUUAGUUUUAAGAUCAUCAAAUUUACUGAGUGAUUCGUUAGCCUUUUAUCUUUAAAAGCUUGUUAGUAAAAGGAAAAAUAUGCAUUGGCUUGUUAGAGAUCUGAAUAUAUAAAUUGUUAUUUUUUUAUAUAUAUUCAGGAGAUAGAAUCAUGCUGUAAUUUCUAUAUGUGGUUUAUUAAAAAAAAGAUAGAAUGAUUAGAAUCUGGUUAUGUAUGGCAUGUUUUACUGGAUCUUUAUUUCCUAACCGAGCAUAUAAGAGAGAACUUUUGUUAUCUGGUCCGGUUAACCUCUGGAAUUCCUUUGGUUUAAUUCUUUAUCAUAACUGCAGUAUUGUGUUAAAUAAAAUAAAAUAAAAUAGAGCUUUGUCCCUCUACUUGUCAUACAGUUCAUAGUAUCCAAGCCUUGGAAGAAUUUGCUUUGUAUGAAUCUUCAAGGCAGUGAAAACAAUGUGUUGUUGGUGAAUUUUGAGAAUCAGUACAUUCCCUAUUCUUUUUUAUUUAAUAUUUAUUACUCCCAAUCCAAUUGUUACUGUUGCUGCUGCUGCUGCUGCUGCUACAGCUGCAUGGCUUUGAAUGGCGUGUGUCAUGGAACUUGUGUCUUUGGUGUAUUUGUAGCAGUUAGCACCAAUCCAAAGCAUACAGUAUGUGUUCUUCAACGCUUUUAUAAGUCUUCAAAACUCUUACCUAGUCAAUCUCCUAAUCAUAUAUACAUCUUCUGUGAUCUUGAUCAAACGGUUGUCAUUUCCUUUGUGGCAGAGUCUUCUCUUCAUAAAACAGGGCACUCUAAUUAAUUAUACCACUAGUCCUCUCCUAUCCACAUUCCACAAUAAUAGUCAGUCAUACAAAGAUAGGGUUAGGGAUUGUUGUUAUUCCUAAUUCCUAUUCUGUCAACGUGAAUGAUUUAGGGUUUGUCAUUUGUUCUUAAAUUACAGUUAAUCCAGGGAGAGAGAGAGAAAGAUAGAUAAUAUGCAGUAUAUAUAAAAGAGCGGGAACGUAGAGAGACGGUUAUGAAGAUCCAAAGCGAGAGUUUCUCAUCGUAACUGCCACCAACUGUCGUUGGCCUUCUUCCCGCCCGCCCUGCGUUGGAGGAACGCACAUAUCAAUGACCGGGCUAUCUCUUCAACCUGGCGGGCUUUGCCAUGGAUACUCCUAUCCUUAACCCUUACACCAUCUCUUCCCUCACUGACGCUGAGGCUGAGCUCUGGAAUCUUUUCCAUCAGUUCUCUCCCGGCCUUCUGAAGACCACUCUCCCUGGGCUUGAUUCAAACUCCGCGUCAUCACCAAAAUCGGUUUGUUUUGAUCACUCUGAACAUUUUCGCCACUGGUUGCAGAGUUUCUUCUAUGAUGAUCAUUGCUAUGAGGGAUUGCAAUUGAAUCCAGACCUGAAGAGAAAGAUUCUUUUGCUUGUUUCCAAGGUUUUGACUGAGAAGCCUACUGUAGGGGGUUGGCAUGAAGAUGGUGCUUGUUUUUUGAAGAGAAAUGGAAUUUCGAAGCCUGUUUGCUCGAUGGUCUCUGACGCUCUGAAGAGGUGCCAUUCUUUGCCGGAUAUGUUGAUAUGGCUAAAGAGGAUUGCGGUAAGUCCAUGUGAGCCUGUGACUUCUGCUGCGGCAUCAGAAUGGCAAAUGCAGAUUCUGAAGGCCCGACAUUCUUUGUUCCUGAGCAAGACGGAGUCUUCCUUUGAUGCUCAAUAUCCUUAUCUUCGUCGUCGGAAGAGGCGGAGGAUUGAUCGAUCUUUAUCAUUACCUUCUGCGACCAUUCUAUCUAACAAAAAACAUGUUUCCAGUGAGGUACCUAAUCAACCGGCAAGAAGGUCUAAAAGGUUUCUUGGCAUGCUAAAAUUCGGUGAAAACAAUGGUAGUAGAAAACGUGUCCCUGUGGAUUCCUCAUUUCAGGCUGAUGUACCUGAAUGGUGUGGGCCGCCAAGUCAGAGUGACCAGUUGGAUGAUGAAAGGUGGUUGGGUACCAAAAUUUGGACGCUAGAUAGUGAUGGUAAAGACUUGGACAACUGGAUGAUUGGGAGGGGAAGGCCUAUCUCAUGUGUCUGCACCUAUCCUGGAUCUGUGGCCUGUGUUAGGUUUCAUGUUGAGAUAGCAAGACUCCAACUGAAAUUUGACUUGGGUUCAGCUUUCUCUGGUUGGGGUUUUGGUGAGAUGGGUGAAGAUGUCUCAAAGUUUUGGACCAGUGAGGAGCAACAGACUUUUGAUACUAUCAUGAGAAUGAAUCAUUUGUCAGAAUACAUGGAUUUCUUGGAGCCUGCUUUGAAGGCUUUCCCUUUCAAAGACCAAGCGAAGCAUAGUUAGUUAUUACUUCAAUGUGUUUGUUCUCAGAAGGAUGAGCAAGCUGACAAGAUUUGCUUCUGGAUCAAUUGACAGUGAUGAUGAUGGAAAUAACAGUGAAGUCCUUCAGGUGUUA